AUGGUCAAGCAAAUUGCUGGUUCCAAGGUCCUUCUUCUGGGCUCAGGCUUCGUCACCAAGCCCACCGUUGAGGUUCUCACCAAGGCUGAUGUGCAUGUCACUGUUGCCUGCCGAACCCUUGAGAGCGCCCAGAAGCUCUGCGAAGGCUUCCCCAACACCAAGGCUAUUGCCCUCGAUGUUAACGAUGCCGCUGCUCUGGACAAGGCUCUCGAGCAGGUUGACCUCGCUAUUUCCCUGAUUCCUUACACCUUCCACGCCCUUGUUAUCAAGUCCGCCAUCCGCACGAAGAAGCAUGUCGUCACCACCUCAUACGUCUCCCCUGCCAUGAUGGAGUUGGAUGAGGAAUGCAAGAAGGCCGGUAUCACAGUUAUGAACGAGAUUGGUCUGGACCCGGGUAUCGACCACUUGUACGCUGUCAAGACCAUCUCCGAGGUACACGCCGAGGGUGGUAAGAUCACUUCUUUCCUCUCCUACUGUGGUGGUCUCCCUGCCCCUGAGUGCUCCGACAACCCGUUGGGUUACAAGUUCUCGUGGUCCAGCCGCGGUGUUCUUCUCGCUCUAAGAAACGCUGCCAAGUUUUACAAGGAUGGCAAGGAGUUCAGCGUUGCUGGCCCGGACCUCAUGGCUACCGCCAAGCCCUACUACAUCUACCCCGGCUACGCCUUCGUCGCCUACCCCAACCGUGACUCCUGCCCCUACCGCGAGCGUUACCAGAUCCCCGAGGCCCAGACCGUCAUGAUCAAGGUGCUGGUGGACAUUGGUUUCCUCAGCGACGAGGCGCAGGACUUCCUCAACUCCCCCAUCGCCUGGAAGGAGGCCACGCAGAAGAUCCUGGGCGCCACCUCCUCGGAGGAGAAGGACCUGGAGUGGGCCAUCGCCUCCAAGACCACCUUCACCGACAACGAUUCGCGCAACCGCCUCAUCUCCGGCCUUCGCUGGAUCGGCCUCUUCUCCGACGAGCAGAUCACCCCCGCGCGCAAGAUGCAGUACGGCCCCGGCGAGCGGGACAUGGUCAUGCUGCAGCACAAGUUCGGUAUCGAGCACAAGGACGGCUCCAAGGAGACCAGAACCAGCACCCUUGUCGAGUACGGUGAUCCCAAGGGUUACUCCGCCAUGGCCAAGACCGUCGGUGUCCCCUGCGGUGUUGCGGUCAAGCUGGUCCUCGAUGGUACCAUCAGCCAGAAGGGUGUCCUUGCCCCCAUGACCUGGGAUAUCUGCGAGCCUCUCCUCAAGACUCUCAAGGAGGAAUACGGCAUUGAGAUGAUCGAGAAGACCAUCUAA